AUGCGUACACCAGAUCAUUUCAAGAUUCCUAAAGAACGGCGUGCCGAUUAUUGGGAUUAUAAACCUAGUCGAGACGAACUUAUCAAGGAGCCACUGAUUACUCCAAUUCAUGAAAUUAAAAAUCAGAAUAAAUUAAUUAAUAGUGCUAUGCUGUAUUUCAGUAAGCCAAGCCAUAGAGACCAUGGAUUUUAUCCAGAUCCAAAAAUUCCCUAUGAAGCAUAUUUUGCCAAUGAAACUGAAGAGAGGGAAAAGCUUCGAUUUGGUGAGAAUGAAACGAUUACUUUUGAUAUUAAUGAGGAAGUUGGUAAAUUGGUCAUGAAAGAAGCUGAGUACAAACCAGCAUCUCAGCAUGGGGCCUUGGAUCAGAAAAAUACUAAAAAUAAAUCCAUCUUAAAGACUAAUCCAAGAACCGUUAUACCUUAUCGACCACAUGCUAACCCUUAUAUCGAUGCGUGUCAAGAAGUUAUGAUUAAAUGUUAUAAUAUGUGUGGUAUUUCAGUGGAUUAUUUGGACAUUGAUAAAAUGUUUGAUUCCCUCGGUAAAUUGAUGUUUGGGAUUUCCAAUGAAUUUAAGAUGAAAGAAUUAUGCUUUAACUAUGUGCUAGCCGCUGAGAAGCGCAAGUGGUUUGAAGAGAAGGAAGAUUUGAAAGCUUCGGUGGAACAAUUCAAGACCGAAAGAUUGGGCUUGUGUGAGCUAAAUGUUGAAUUGGGUAUAAAACUACAACAAGAAUCGAAAAGAGUCGAGAAUUUACAAAAAUUACUUGUCAAAUUAGAACAAUUUGAUAAAGUUCAACAGGAAAAUACCGGUCUCGCUUUAGUCAAUACUGAUUUGACUUCAAAAAAUGAUCAAUUGACUUCUAAACUAUUAAAUUUAGAGGCAAAAGUGCUUCAAUUGUCUGACGUGGAUAGAACAAACGUUGAAUUGAAUGAUAAAAUUUCAGCAUUGACUUCCAAGAACGAAAGUUUAAGCGAUGACUAUGAUAAGCUUUUCAAAGAGAAGCAAGAGUUAGAAUCUAAGAAUUCUGAACUAUUGCAGAAUAAUAAUGAGCUUCGAUCAGAAAGGGAGAGAUGGCUUGAACGCAAUGAAAAUUUGAUCAUAAAUAGCACUGAUUUUAAUGUGAAAAUGGAGGAAAGAAAUGCAAAGAUUAAAUUCUUGGAGGCUCAAAUAGAAAAUAUUAAGGCCAAAUAUGAUAGAGACACCAAAUCUGACAUGAAAUAUUUCAAAAAUAAGAUCAACGAUAUGUUAAGGGAAAAUGUAAAUCAAACUUCUCAAAUGGAGAAAGUUAUAGUAAAUUUGAAUCAAGCCAACUACAAGGUUGAUGAAUUACUAAAGGACAAUGAAUCUCUUCGUGUGGAUAAUAACAAUAUGCGUGCUGAUCUUCAACAAAAGUUAAAGGACAUUAAGGAUUUACAAUUACAAUUGAAGCAAGAUAAAGUGACUUUUACCAAAUAUGAAAAAUUGGAGAAUGAAAAGACAGCUUGUGAUAAGGCUCUAGUACAUUUAAGACAAGAGUAUAGGACUCUACAAGAAAGUUUUCAAAAUUUGAAAGAGGUUCAUAGUAAUCUCGAUGAUCAAAAUAAAGAAUUGAGUCAAUACAGGAAAGCCGCCCAUGAUGCCCUUUGUGAACUCAAUGAAGAAGUCGGUAAAUUGGAAGAUAUGAAUGCUGUUUUACAAGAUGGUAAACGAAUUGAUCAGAUCCAAAUUAACGAUUUGAACUGUCAAGUGAAAAAACACAUAGAGACUAUUGAAUUGUUAGAGAGAUCCAAUUCAAAAUUUAGAAAGAAACCACAAGAGUUAGAAAAUAAAAUUCAGACGUUGCAAUGUGAAUAUGAAAGAUUGGAUAAGCAGUACAAGGAUAGAGAAACUGAAAUUCAACAGGCCAAACUGAAUAUGAGGAAGAUGACAACUUCACUUUACAACGCUCGAAUGAAUGCAUCUGACCAUGAGAAUAGGUGCACAGCCGCAGACUACAAUGGGUUGACUUCUAACUCAGCCAAAGCACCACUUAGAAAGAGAGACAUGUUACGUUCUUUGGCUAACAGAAGGACAGUAUUGGUGACAGAACCUUCCCAAAGUCUAAACAAAAAUAUAUAUUAA